AGACGCUUGUGAAAAUGAUUUUAAAAAAAAGCCAUGAAUGACCCCUAAAGCACAGAAGAAAGAAAAUAUUUCAUUUCAUUCCAACGUCCCGCGUGUACGUAUCUCAUGGCCUUUAUUACUAACGCAACACGACUCCGAACAGAAUCCGAUCGCCAUGCGCACGACCAGGAGGUUCCGAUCCACUAAGCACGGCCUCCGGAGACUUCUUCAGCGCCUUCUGUCGGCCGCCCUCGCGGGUCGUGAAGAGAGCCCCCGCCCGCGCCCGUCCGCCGCCGACGCCCGCGAAGCUAAGGGCGUGGGCGGGAGGAGGCAGGCCUGGCAUGAGGAGGAUCCUAUAAAGGGCAAGCAACCCGAGUGCCUCCGGAGCCUGGUUCCCGUCGCCCGCCUCUUCUCUCUCUUCGGCCUCCUGCCAAUGAGCGUGGUCGAUGGGCAGUUCAGGUUCGUGCUGUGCCAUUUCGUGACCUUGUACGCGUGUGUGGUGGCAGCGGCUAUGACCUGGUUCUCCCUGACGCGGGUGGUGGCUCUCUUCGCUGCCUCAGGGCAACAGGACUGGGUGCAGCUCCUGACUGGCACUGCCUUCUAUCUGCUGGGUGCCACGGGCGCUCUGCUGCUCCUCCAGCUGGCCAGGGAAAUGCCGGCGGUCAUGGACAGAUGGGCGCGCGUGGAGAGGCAAGUGGGCGUCCCUUACACUUGCAAGUGGAAGGUGUUGGUGUGCGUGGGCGUGGUGACUGUGUCGGCGGCGGGAGAGACGACAGCGUCCAUGUUCCCCACAACGUCCCGAGCAACACUACCGGGGAUUUCUGGAUGUUUUUAGAGAGCUACGUCAGAGCUGGACACAAAUACGAGGUCGACCUGCUAGGCUACAGUAAGGCUCUCGGCGUUGCAAUUCUCACCAUCAACAAGUAUGCAACAUUUCUCUGGAAUUUCGUCGACGUCCUGGUGUUC